AUGGCCGACAAGUACAUCCCCGAGCACCGCCGCACGACUUUCAAGGCCAAGAGCGCCUUCAAGCCUGACGAGCUCCGCCGCCGCCGCGAGGAGCAGCAGGUCGAGAUCCGCCGGGCGAAGCGUGAAGAGAACCUCGCAAAGCGCCGUGGUAUCGGCGGCGGCGCUGACCGACCGGGUGCGUCGCUGGGUGCUGCGCCGGACAGCGACGAUGAGGGCGGCAACAUCGAGGGGCAGCUCAACGAAGAGCUCCCCCAGAUGGUCAAGGGCGUUUUCUCCGAGCAGAUCGACGAGCAGAUCCAGGCGACCACAAAGUUCCGUAAGCUGCUGUCGAAGGAGCGCAACCCUCCCAUCGAGCGCGUUAUCGAGACCGGCGUGGUCAGCCGCUUCGUCGAGUUCCUCCGCUCUCCCCACACACUGGUGCAGUUCGAGGCAGCAUGGGCCCUCACCAAUAUUGCCUCCGGCUCCGCACAGCAGACACAGGUCGUCAUCGAGGCCGGUGCCGUCCCCAUUUUCGUCGAGCUUCUGAGCAGCCACGAGCCGGACGUUAGGGAACAGGCCGUCUGGGCACUUGGUAACAUUGCCGGUGAUAGCCCCGCAUGCCGCGACUUCGUUCUUCAGGCCGGCGCCCUCCGCCCGCUGCUUGCUCUCCUGGGCGACAGCCGCAAGCUGAGCAUGCUCAGGAACGCUACUUGGACCCUGAGCAACUUCUGCAGGGGAAAGACCCCUCAGCCCGACUGGCAGACAAUCCAGCCCGCUCUGCCCGUCCUCGCCAAGCUUGUUUACUCUCUCGACGACGAGGUCCUCAUCGAUGCCUGUUGGGCUAUCUCGUACCUCUCGGAUGGCUCCAACGACAAGAUCCAGGCCGUUAUCGAGGCCGGUAUCCCCCGUCGUCUUGUAGAGCUCUUGAUGCACGCCUCCACCUCGGUCCAGACACCCGCUCUCCGAUCCGUUGGUAACAUCGUUACUGGCGAUGACGUCCAGACACAGGUCAUCAUCAACUGCGGCUCCCUGCCCGCCCUGCUCUCUCUGCUGAGCUCCACUAAGGAUGGCAUUCGCAAGGAGGCAUGCUGGACCAUCUCCAACGUUACUGCUGGCAACUCGACACAGAUUCAGGCGGUUAUUGAUGCCAACAUCAUUCCUCCUCUGAUUCACCUUCUCCAGAAUGGCGACUUCAAGACCCGCAAGGAGGCUUGUUGGGCUAUCUCCAAUGCUACUAGCGGAGGACUGCAGAAACCUGCCCAGAUCCGCUACCUCGUCCAGAGUGGAUGCAUCAAGCCUCUGUGCGACUUGCUCGCGUGCCCGGAUAACAAGAUCAUCCAGGUCGCUCUUGAUGGCCUUGAGAACAUCCUCAAGGUCGGUGAGAUGGACAAGGAGUCUGGUGCUGAUGGGGCCGAGCAGAUCAACCGCUACGCUCUCUUCAUCGAGGAGGUUGGCGGUAUGGAGAAGAUCCACGAGUGCCAGAACAACGCCAACGAGGAGAUCUAUAUGAAGGCUUACAACAUCAUCGAGAAGUACUUCUCAGACGAGGAAGGUGAUGCCGAGAACAUGGCCGAGACCAACCCUGCCGUCAACCAGGAGGGUCACUUCGGUUUCGGCGCUGGCAACCAGCAGCAACAACAACAGAAUUUCAACUUCGCCAACGGUGGUGACUCGAUGGAUAUGUGA